AUGACGUCGAGUCUUUACGAUGGACUAGAUGACGUUGAAAUUAGUAAAGGUGGCAGUGGCGGCUCAGGGGGAUGGGUUUUGGGCGGUACUUCGGGUCCCUCUUCAGGUUCGACCACUACUACUGGAAUCGGCCGUCUUGUCGCGGCGGCUUCAGGCAAUGCUGCUGGUCCCGGAGGCAGCGGAGGCUAUUCGAGCAUGAAGCUAAUGCAGUCCCACAUGGCUGCAAAACGCGCUCAAGGCCGUCGUGGUGGAGGAGGCGGUGGUGACUUCGGGUCAAGGUCAGCUGUAGCUCCUGUCGUCGACCUUCAACGUCGAGGUGGUGGCGGCGGCGGCGGCGGCUACGGAACGAGCAGCGAAGGUUCCUAUCGUUUCAAUCAGGUAACUGGAAAGAUGGAGCGGGUUCCCCCAUCGUCGUCUUCGUCGGGGCGUUCUCUAAGCGGGUCCAAUCAACUAGGAGCUACGGCGGCCUCAGGUCUGCUCUACGGCGAGCCUAGCCUCUCCCUGGGCAUUCCCGAUGAGUACAACCCCCUGUGUCCCAACGAUUACGAGGAGCUCGCCCGACUGAAACGGGAUAGACGCAAGCCAGACGAUCGCACGCGUGACUCCCACGGUAGCGGAUUCAGUCGUCGGCCGAAUCUUUCAGACAGCGAUAGCGCUGGCAGUUCUGACGACUCCGACGGCCGAGAAGAUCGCGGUCGUCGAAUUCGCCCGCAUCACCGACGCAGGCCUCCGCCCCCGCCACCCGCCAGUCGUGCCGCCAUCGCUCCUCCCAGCAGUCUGUUGGAGGACGUUGUUGUUAUUGCCCCAGGCACUGACUCUGCUGCUGGCGAGCAAGACGCCGAUGAGGGUGAAUCGACCGCCCAUGCGGCCUCAGGAAGUUAUGGAAUAAACCUUGUAGCGGCUAAAAUGAUGGCUCGCAUGGGCUACCGCCAGGGCCAAGGCCUGGGUAAGGAGGGUCAGGGCAUGUCUUCAGCCCUGGUUGUCGAGAAGACAAGUCGCCGAGGUGGCAAGAUCAUCCACGAAAAGGACCGUCAACGAAAUCAGGAUGCUGACAUGAUGUUGCCUCCAGCCAACUUGAACUCUGACCCGCAACAAGCGAUGGCCUUGCCCGCCAACGCCACUGAUGUUGUUUUGCUGCAGAACAUGUGUGGAGGUCCAAGCGACGUUGACGAUGACCUUGAGCCUGAGACGGCAGAGGAGUGUGCCAAGUAUGGUCCCGUGGUCACUUGCAUGAUCUACCAAAUGCCCGACGCUGGCGACGGUCCCGAGGCUGUUCGCAUCUUCGUCGAAUUCGAGACAGCCGAGGCCGCUGCUAGAGCUGUUCUCGAUUUGAACGGACGAUUCUUUGGUGGACGUGUGGUGCAGGCCGGAUUCUACGACGCAGAGCGAUUCAGAAAUCUCGAACUGGCUGAUCCGCCUUUAUCGUGA